GUUAAACACAAUUACCUUGUUGCCCGACUAAAAGCCCUUCUGUCAGGCCUGGGGAAAAGCAUGUAUCGAUAUGAGUGAGUUGCAAGUAGAACAAACAAUAUGCACGUAUGCAAAUGAGCACAGCGCAAGACGUAAAAGCAGAGUUUUCAAUUAUUGAAUAUACUGAGAAAGAAAAGUGCAAAAUAAAACCGAUGACAGCAGCAGUAAUAGACGACUUUAAAUGAAUUUCACUAUAAUUGAUUGUGGCCUUCCAAUGAAUUUCUAUUUGAAGCGAGGUCGCUUCAGUUUCCCAACAUUCGUCAUCCCAACUACUACGUAACUCGGCAUCUACUCAAUGAAUGCAUCCUAUAUAGAAAUCAGAUCCAACUGGGAAUUGGUGUUCCAAUUCUCAUUAACUCAACUCUCUUGGAACUGCGCGUUUCAUAUAAGAAUCGUUUUAGAAUUGGCGACUCUUUGGCUGGACCUUCACCCAGCUGCAACUCAGCACACUUUUCAAUUUUGGUCAAUUUUUCGAUAGGUAACCAAUAAUUGUAUGUGAACAGUUUGAAGCUGAUAAGCAGCGCUACAAAAAAAGAAACCCAACUUAGACAAUUAAUUGUCUCUGCUAGCAAAUGCUCUCGGAUACUUUACAUAUUGAAUUCAUUGACCAACAUGCUAAUAAAACAAUCAUAAAAUACCCAAUUGAUAUCAAUAAAACGCAAGCGUUCAAGUAGCCAAAAGGCAAAUCGAAAUCGAAAUCGAAAACGGACCAAAAUGCGCGCCGUCUACGACUUAUUGCUGAGCAACGCCUUUGAUCCCAGCAUGGUGCUACAGAACCACAACACCGUGGUGGCCCGCUCCACGCUGACGCCGAACAGCAGCAACCAGAACUUCGGCUCUCAUUCGCAGCAUGGCGGGCAGACGGUGGGCGGAGGACGUAGCCCUGUCAAUGUGGGGCCAGGUAACCAGCGUCCGAUUGUGGAUCUGCUUGUGGCCAUGGUGGCGGUGCCGGUUCUGAUACUGUGCGCCCUGCAGCUGGAGAAGAAUCUGCAUGACAUGCACGACAGCCCCGAGUCUCGCUGGCUGGUCUUUGCCCUCGGGAUCGGCAUGCUGGUCAUUAGUGUGAUCAUAUGCGGCUAUGUGACACAUCGCAUGGGCGUCUGCAUUUGGGCCGGGCCCAUCGACGAGGCGGGCAAUCGUGCCGGCAAUGGCGCACUGCAUCACAUCAACUCCCAGAAUGAUGUGCUACGCAUUGUGGACUCCUUGCCGCCGAGCUAUGACAGUGUGGUGAAGUGUGAUCUGCCCCCGCCGCCCUACGACUGUGUGGUGAUCGAUGUGGAGCAGCACAAGGACAUGCAGCCGCAGACAUCCGCCAAGGAUGAGCGCCUCUCUCAGGCGGCAGCCGGUGCCAUUUCUGUUGCCAUGCCAGGUGCAACGCUGCACAUCUGAACGGAUUGGUGGAGGGGUGCACCGUGGUGGACGGGGAGGGGAAAGGGAGAGCUGAUGCGACCACAAAAGAAGAAUAAGAGGAGAGAGAAACAAAGAGAUUUUUCGCUUGUGGCAUUGAAAUUGACUAGAAAUGGAAUUUGUACUUCAACUACACUACGCUGACGCCAUCUAUCGGUGGCCUCUGGCUAUUGGCUAACCAAAUGGCGUUGUAUUUACUUCGAUUUAAGAUCUUAGAGUAUUGUAUAUCCGUGUACAUAUAUGUACUUUAUUUUUUUUUUUUUACUUGGUCUAUGCAGCAUUGUAAAUAUUCCUAAACAGCAUCUAGUCCAAAGUUGUACAUAACCUAAAACACAAAAGAAAGAAAAAGAAAACAAGAACUAGGGAUCUAGAGAAAUGCGAAAUACAUUUUGUAUUUACUAGUUAUUUAAAUGCCAAGAUUGUAAUAGGAGGAAGGGGGCGACAGAUGGCAGGGGGGUUGCAUAGCAGUUAUCAAUUACCACAUAGUCUGUAGUUUUAUAAUUUAUAUACUUAAAAACAUACUAAAUAUAUACAAUUACCUAUACAUAUGAAUACGUGUGUGCCUAUCGAGAAUUUGUACGCAUUACUUAUUGAAAAAGUUUACUUUUUAGCUGAUUUCCAAAAUAAAGAAUUCCUA